UCCACCCUGCACCAACCUCAAAUCCAGCCAUCAGCCCAUAAUGAUCCGUCACCCAAACUUUCUUUUCUUCCACUCGUCCCUCACUUCCGACAUUUUCAUCUCCAUUCCUCUUACCUCCAUCAUCACCCUCUCCUUCGCACGCCACUCUUACAGAAGCACUAACCCCCAUUCCGAUCCUCCCAAUACUCUUCACCCUUAGGACCUCUUCAUCCCCAUCCCCACUACUCCAAAAAACAACCUUGUCCAUCCUCUUAACCCCCCAUCUCCGCCUCGCAUGUUCUCCGCUCUGGUACCCCCACGUCGCACCUCCAUCACUGCCCUCCACACCUCCAAGCGCUAGAUACGCAUCCGUGAAACCAUGCAUCUGCGGUGCGGAAACAUCCCGGGGACGAUUGGCGUUGGUAUCGCCCGCUAGAAUCGCCGCUUUGAUAAUCGGAGGCUGCGGCGUCCUUUCCAAACCCAAAAACGGCGAUCUAAAAACAAGAGAAGUUAUCUCAUUUUCCGCGUUCUCAGAAGAAGGAAGAGGUGGAGAGGGGUGGGGAAUGAGAUGUCGCGCCACCCCCUCCCACUGAAUCGGCCUCAGCGACCCAGAUAACGAGUCUAGAUGCACGUUGCAAACUCUCAGAACCUCCUCCUCCUCCUCCCUCCCUUCUAUCCUUUCUUGUAUUUUGUCUUCUUCUUCGUGGGAGUUUGAAUCAGGAGGAUGCGGAGUACGACCGAGACGCACAUCAACAAACAAAGCACUCCUCCCAAACUCGCUAACAAACCUCAUCCUCCCCACCCCCAACACACACACCCUCCGAUCAAUCAACGUGAUUUGCCCGUACCCACCUCCACCUCCAUCCCCUCCCUCAUCAUCAUCCUCAGCUCCGCGAGGAUUCCAGUACACGGUAUCAGAUCGCACAUCGCUUACAUAAAACCUCUCUCUUACCCAAGCCUCACCCAUGAUCUGCGCGACAUCAUCCGCUCUCUGCUCUUCCCCUUCUUCCAACUCCGACGAUCGACCCCACGCUGAAAAAGAAUAUUCUGCUUGCAUCAUCUCCUGCAGCACCACGAUAACCGCUACACCAGGCGCCGAAAUCCGCGUGAGCAACGUAUGGAGAUACGAUAAUGCGCUUGCCAUUCUUGCGCGGGGGUAGGGGGUCGAGAAAUCAAUAUUCCAUGUGAGUAGUUUUAGUUUCGUGAUGCGGGUGGACUGUGUAUUCGACGUCGAAGGUGGAUGUGGUAAUGCUGAGGGAGAGGGAGAUGUAACAGCAUCCCACGUUGCUGAGGUGUUAUUGAAAACGUGGUAGGGUUGCGGGAUUGGGGAGUAUGUUUUUUGACGGGCGGAAAGGCGGGGGAGCAUUCUCUUCUCUUCUCUCUUCUCUCCUCCUCUCCUUUCUUUUUCUAGUUGUUCUUCUUUAAUCUUUUUUUUGGUGCUUAUGUCGCGGCUUCUAUGUAGGAGUGAGUAGUAGAGGGAGACUAUGAAAUGAGCUGUGGAGUUUUUUUUUGUUUUUAUUUCUUGCUUUGUGAUGGUU